AUGACUCAUAUUGUUAUCAUCGGAACACUCGAUACAAAGAACGCAGAGUUCAUGUACCUGCGCGACUGCAUCCUUCGUAUGUUUACGAAGUUGCAAGUCCAAGUACAAAUUACACUGGCAGACUGUGGAACAAACCACGUCGUCAAUGACGCAGUCAGUAUAUCUCGCGCCCAGUUGCUAGAAUUUUAUACUACAACUGGCAAUCAAGUGCCGCCCCGAUCCCGGCCUGGUGCGAUUGACGACACGAUUUCUUGCCUAUCCAACUACAUACGCGCACUCGACCGUAAACAAAAAAUUCACGGAAUUAUAGGAGCUGGUGGUACAGGGGGUACCAGUCUUAUAUCUGCAGCAAUGAGGAGUGCGGCACCUAUCGGUCUCCCCAAGCUCAUUGUGAGCACGGUCGCGUCGGGCUAUACGGCGCCAAUCGUUGGAGAAACAGACAUGUCACUGAUGUAUUCUGUUGUGGAUAUAUUUGGUACAAAUCAGCUACUGCUUGACAUUCUUGCGAAUGCGGCGGGCGGGAUUAUAGGCAUGGCAUUAGCUUACGAACAACGCCUUGCACAAGAGUCACCACAAUCAUUGACAGCGGAAUGCGAAAAGGCGGAGCGGGGAAGAACACGGAUUGGCAUUACAAUGUUUGGGGUUACAACACCCUGCAUUGAGUAUGUUCGACGCUAUCUGGAGACUCACUAUGACGUGGAACUCUAUGUUUUUCACGCAACUGGCCAUGGCGGCAUGGCAAUGGAGCGACUCGUCGAGCAAGGGCGUCUUGACGCUAUACUUGAUCUUACGACUACGGAGAUAUGCGACCUCAUCGCUGGGGGCAACAUGCGGGCUUCACCAGAGCGUCUAGAAGCAGCUCUGAGACGGGGCAUACCGAAUAUCAUAUCACUAGGCGCUGCAGACAUGGUCAACUUUGGUCCGGUCGACAGUAUUCCACCGCAGUAUAUUCAGAGGAAGUUUCAUAAGCAUAACCCAAUUGUUACCCUUAUGCGAACCUCUGAAGCCGAAUGCGCAGCCAUGGCUAGCUUCAUUGUGGACAAAGUCUUGCAGUUCGCCAAAGAGCCGUCACUGGUGGAAGUGUGGCUGCCCAAGGGAGGCUUUAGUAGCCUUUCAACACCAUCCAGGCCAUUUGCGGACCCGCGAGCUGAUGCGACUUUAUUCAAGACUCUGAAGUUAGGGUUUGAAGGAAGUCAUAUUCGAGUGGUAGAGACUAACCAAGAGAUUAAUAGCGAGGCUUUUGCAGUCGCUGUGGCCGAGAGGCUAAUGAAUCUUGUCUAUAAAGCAUCACAGUAG